AGGCAAUGCAGGCGCCGCAGCUACCGACCUCCCAGGUGGAACAACCGAAGGAAAGUCGCUUUUCGCCAUACCAAAACAACGGAGGCACUUGCUUGGCACUUGCUGGUGCGGACUUCUGUAUCAUAGCAGCAGAUUCGAGGUUGAGUCUUGGCUACUCUAUCCUUUCUCGGAAUACUCCCAAAGUUGCUCAGCUGACAACAAAAACAUGCAUCGCAUCAAGUGGUUGCAACGCGGACAUGGUUACACUUCAGAAAUAUCUCAAGUUUAAGAUUCAGAUGUAUCUUCAUCAACAUGGAAAGGAGAUGUCAACUCCAGCCGUUGCACAAAUGCUUGCCACAACCUUGUAUCAUCGUCGAUUCUUCCCCUACUAUACUUUCAAUAUCGUCGGAGGGCUGGACCAGAAUGGAGAGGGCUGUGUGUUUAGCUACGAUGCGAUCGGUUGUUUCGAACGCUUGAAGUACACGGUUUCGGGAAGUGGUCAUGCAUUGAUUGAACCGUUCUUGGACAACUUGGUCGCCUACAAGAACACAGAUAACAAACCAACUAUUGAGAGGUCCUGUGAUGAAACUUUAGAGCUUGUGAAGGACAUUUUCUCCUCGGCGGGAGAACGUGACAUUUACACGGGGGAUUUUGUUGACAUUUACAUCAUUGACAAGAAUGGCACUAGAUACGAGCAGUUUCCUCUCAAGAAGGAUUAGAUUGAUUUCUUGCUUGAUUUAGCUGUGAUUGAGAUCUGGUUGGAUUUAAAAGCAGAGAGGAAUGUAGGCUUGUGAUAGACAUGAAUAUUAAAAUUUGGAAGAAC